GGCCGGUGUUGCUGGAAGAGUAUCUCCUGCUGCUGCAUCGGGCAAAAGGAGGGACAACUGGAAGUAGAACAAGAGCUACAAAAUAUGAUGCGGGCUACAACAGUGGAAAAGAAAAAGAUAGACCGUCCGGUUCCGAACCUGGUGCAGAUGAUGAGACCCGGGAGGUCGUGGUGCAGCAGAAUCGACUCGAAACCAUCCUUGCCGAGUCUGCCUUCAACCAGAAAGCUUUACGUCAGCUGAACACCUCGG